AAAAUAGUAAACAAGCUCUCUCUCGAUUUCUCGUAAUAACCUUCAUUCAUAAUUUGUAAAUAGUAGGUAUUUAAACCUUUUAUUUAAAUACAGGUUGACGACACGAAAAAUACCAAAUAUAUAAAAAAAAAAAUUGUAAAUAGUGGGUAUUUAAACCUUUUAUUUAAAUACAGGUUGACGGCAAGGAAAAUACCAAACAUAUAAAAAAAAAAUUUGUAAAUAGAAUUUUUUAUAAAAAUGCUCGAAUUACUGCCGAAGAAAGCAAUAUUGCAAUUGACGUCGAGGAUUCGCAGUCGAGGUUUCACAUCAGGUCGGCCGAACGAUUUCGUCAAAGUUGUGGAAGUUGCACCGCGAGAUGGGUCAAACGAAAGGAAAGUGGUGCCUACCGAAAUCAAAAUCGAUUUCAUCAACAGACUGUCGACGACCGGAUUGAGCAGCAUUGAAGUAACGAGUUUUGUAUCUCCAAAAUGGGUUCCUCAGAUGGCAGACAACGCUCGAGUGUUCCAACAAAUUGAGAAAAAACAGGGCAUAUCCUAUCCGGUCCUGGUACCAAAUCUAAAGGGCUUAAAGAGUGCUAUCGAGGCAGGUGUGAAAGAGAUUGCAGUGUUUGGCGCAGCCUCGGAGGCCUUUUCCAAAGCAAAUACCAACUGCACCAUUGAAGAGAGCGUGAAGAAUUUCAAGGUUGUUAUUGGGGAGGCAAAGAAGCACAAUAUCAGGAUCCGUGGCUAUGUAUCCUGCAUUGCUGAUUGUCCUUACGAAGGGGAAACUAAACCAGCUAUCACAGCACAUUUGGCUUCAAUGAUGUUAGAUUGCGGAUGUUACGAAGUUUCUUUGGGCGAUACCAUAGGCACAGGAUCGCAAAAAAUUAAACGUGUCUUGAAUGAGUUGCAUCAUGUUGUUUCCAAUAACAUGAGUUACUACGCAUUGCACUGUCAUGAUACAUACGGGCAGGCUCUAGUAAAUAUAUGUACAGGUCUUGAAAAUGAUAUAAGAGUCUUUGACUCUUCUGUUGCUGGACUUGGCGGAUGUCCAUAUGCUGCUGGCGCUUCAGGAAAUGUUGCCACAGAAGAUUUAUUAUACUUUUUACAAGGACAAGGACUAAACACUGGCAUAGACUUAAAUAAAAUAGUAGAAAUCGGUGACUACAUAAGCAAACAACUAGGAAGAACAAAUCAAUCAAAGACUGGGAUGGCUAUACUUGCUAAGACAAGUCGUCAAAAAUGCUAGUCGCGCGAUAUUAAGUUUAAUAGAGUUAAGAAAAACCGAAGAAUUUUACAUUCCAAAAAUAUUAAUUUACUGUACAUAACGCAUACACACCUGUGUGUAUGUCUUUUUUUAUCAAUCAUUGUUAUACAUGAACAGAAUAUAAUAGAUUUUAUAUAUAAUAGAUAUUUGUAUAGAUUCAGAUAAAA